AUGGCUGGAUUCUCUGAAGCAGCAAUGUCAAGACGGUUGCAGACGUUGAAUACGACGCAGCAGUCGGUACAGAUGAUGUCCAUGUGGUUGCUGCAUCAUCAGAAGAGUCAUGCGGAGACGAUUGUUAAAGUUUGGCUUCAGGAAAUCAAGAAGGAAACGAAACCGGUUCGUUUAAUCAAUCUGCUCUAUCUUGCCAACGAUGUUAUACAAAACAGUCGAAAGCAUUGCCCACAUUUCAUGGGAAUGUUUUAUGAAAAUUUAGAACCAGCCUUUAGACAUGUGAGCCUUCAUGCAGAUGCUGAUGCGGUAGUAGCAAUGAAAAAAAUUUUGCGAGUUUUUCGUGAGCGCCAAAUAUAUUCGGAUGUAAAGGUAGAUCGAUUAAUGAAUGCCGUUACAUCAUCGUUGACUGGAAUAAGACUUGUUGAGUUCAACAUCGAAUUAGGUGGAACAAUUCUAAGUACUGAAAACAUUCAAAAGUCACGUCAGACACCGACCACACCCCCAAUUGUUGCGAAGACAGUAGAUUCACCGCAUUUAUCAACUCCUACCGUUGAUGCAGAUUCUCCGGAACCGAAAAAGAGCAAAAUGGAUAGUGAGAAUUUUGACAUCAAAGUCAUGACUCGAGUGACAGAAGAUGUAAUAUCGUUGUUGAAGAAAUUGGAAGACCCACCAUCUGCUGACGCCGAAACACGUCAACUGAUAGCUUCAUUUCCGGAGACGAUAGCAAAUCCUGCUCUUUUAAAACCUAUCAGAAAUGAGUCCCAAGCGAUGGAAUUAUUGAAGAAGAUCAAGGAAGCUGAGCCUGUGGUGAAGGAAUAUUGUAAAAGGCUCGCGGCAGAAAUGGAGGAUAGGCGGUUUUUGCAACAGCUACUGCCGGAAUAUUUUGGUUUCUUAAAAGCCAGUGCAGUAAGAAACGAUGAAAUGCUACGCUCUGUACGGGAAAAAGUCGAAAAAUUAGAACAGGAAAAGACAUCAGUAAAAGAGCACUUUGAUUCUUUGCCUGACUUAGCUGAUUUACCCUCCAGCGCUCUACCUCCGCUUCCUUCCCUAGGUGAAUUGUUCAAAAGCGGAAAGAACGAAAACGAAGACAAUGUGGAAGUCGAGAAGCGUGAAGAAUAA